CACUCCGCUCCGCUAGUGUGUUGCGCGUUGUGUGUUAUCACGUGUGUUAUUAUUCAUAAAUCAAGUUAGCCACACAUUUUGUGUUGUUUUCUUUUAACUUUCUUGAGUUCACCAUCUGAAAAUGAGUUCAGAGUUAGAUGAGGACCGUUUGUUUCUGGAGCAGGUUCUGGAUUCACUUUAUGAGUUUGGAUCAGAAACAAAAAAGAAGCUCAAAACCCAAAAGAAGAAAAAACGAAAACAAUGUGAAGAAGAAGAAGAAGAAAAACUUCAUGCAGUGAAGAAAACCUGCAGCGACGAUGAAGGCAGCAGAAAUGCUGAGAUUCAGCAACCAAACAUCGAACUGAAAGAUUCAAAUGUCCAGCUGCAGAACAAAGUGGAGGUUGUCACAUUUCAGGAUCCCAGGAAGAAAAUCAAAACCAAACCGUCUCCCGUCUCAACCAGGAUCCCAGUUAAAUCACCACAGGACUCUCGGCAAGCAGAGCAGGAACAAAUCAACCAGGAAGAACAGCUCAGUUUGGAAAAGGCUCGGCUGGAGGUCCAUCGGUUUGGAAUAACGGGCUACAGGAAGGAGCAGCAGCGCGUUUUUGAGCAGGACAGAGCCAUAAUGCUGGGAGCCAGGCCUCCAAAGAAGGAGUACGUGAACUACAAGGUGCUGCAGGAACAAAUCAAAGACAAGAAGCAGAAACAAAGCGAGGUGCUUCAGCCGGACAAGAAGAAAAAGAAGAAGAGUAAUCAAAGAGACAAAAAGAAACAACCAGCCUCUGGUUCUGGUUCUGGUCAGGUGGGUCAGUUCAAGAACGGCAUGCUGAUCCUCAGUUCGAAGGAGAUCCAGAAAAUCAAAGGCAAAAGAUGAAGGGAAAAGGUGGGAUUAAUCCAAUGGAGCAGGACGGAAAUGGCAGCAGACUGGAGGAGGGAGUUAGUCAGUGAAACAAUCCAGACUUCCUGAUAAGACACUGACCUGUAGCAGUAGCUGGAAUGAUUCAAGAGUCAGACAUCUUGAGCAGGGAAUCGUGGCCAGACCUAAACAUGCCAACACAAAGAGACUGGGGCAUAUUAAUUUCAGACCCCACUUUAUUUAUUUCCCUUCUUAUAAAGUACCCAAAAAGGAGACAAAGCUGUUUCUUUUAUUUUUCAUGUUUAGGUUUUAAAAAUUAUGGAGUUGACUCUGUGUUUUCAUCAUUUACAAACAAUGUAGUCGUACAAAACAUUUACAUUGGCAGCAGGGGACAACUAGAGGACAAAAUUGAGGUAAUAAAAAAGAAAAAGUUACGCAUUUUCUUUGAUGAAUAAAUAUAUAUACACAACAAGAGACAGCAGAAGCAAAAGCAGUUUUUCUAACACUCAAGCCUGAAUUUACAAAGCUCAUCUCCAGCCUCACCAGGCUUCAGAAGUAAAGACUUGAUGUUGAAGGGACGAUGUGAAAGUUAAUGAAAAAACACAGUUGGUCGGGUUGUUUGAGGUCACAGUUACUUUUCUCACAGCUGCUUCUUGGUUUCAUUUUUGAAUUACAAAAUGAGGAGCAUGAGAGACGAAGAUUCAAGCUAAAACCUGGAUGGAUUAAUAUUAAUGUUAAUUACCAUCAGUAAUUAACAAAUCUAUGUUAUCAGCAGCAAUAUGACACGUUUGGUCAGUGAUCAAAUUUAAACAUAAGUGUGACGGCAUAUUAGGGCCAUUGUACAUUGAAAAAAAGUACAUUUCCAACAACAACAAAAAAAAUCUAAAUUUUGAUAUGAGUCUUUUCUAGAAAGAAAAUUCUGUGAAUUGAAAAGUCUAAACUUUUCAGAAAAACUCAGAAAGUAUUGAGGAAAAAAACUUGAAAUAUUUGCUAGAAAAACCCCCCUCAAAUUUUGAGAUUGAUCUCAGAAACUUUCAAGAAGAAACGGUCAUUUCUGAGUUUCAACGGUCAAAACUUGGCUAGAAUUUUUUUUUAAUUUUUGAGAAAAAUCAUUAAAAUUUCUGAGCUUAAAUUAACAAAUUUGCAAGAAAAAAAAUCUGAAAUUUUGAGAUUAAUCUCAAACAUUUUCUAGAAAGAAUGUUUUCAACAACAGAACCUCUUUAAAAUUUGAAAAUUUUCUCAAACAAUUCUGAUAUUUUUAGAUUAAUCAGAAAAUUUCUAGAAAAAACUUAAGUUCUUAGUUUGAAGAGUUUAAAAAUUGCUAUAAAAACUCAGAAAUUUUGAGAUUAAUCUCAAAGUUUCCAGAACAAAAUGGAAAUAUACGUAUUUUUGGUAGCAAAUUUUGACUUUUCAAACUUACAAAAUUUCUACGUUUUUUCUUGUAAAUUUUCAACUCAGAAAUUUCCUUGUUUUUUUUUCUAGAAAAUUUCAGAUAUUCUAGCAGAAAUUUACUCCCUGUUUUCUAUCUACAGUGGCCCUAUGCCGUGAUCCAUAACUAAUUUGAUAUCUGCACGUUUUAAAUUUAGAAAGAUACUUUCCUAUUUUCCCAGCAAUGUAAGUUAAAUCUAAGAAAGAAGUGACAUUCAUAGGUGGGUAUCAGGUAAAGGGACAUGCUAAACAAGCACAAAUACAAAACAACACUUAAACAGGAGUGUCUGCAUGAAUCAAAUCAAUCACUUGUUGUUUUUGUCACAUUUUUAGAUGAAGAAAAUAUGUAGCUAAAGUAUCAUCUGAAAUCACUGAAACGUAAGGAGUUAGAGCACCAUAAACAAAACCUGGCGCUCAGAAAGAAAGGGUUUUUUUUUUUUUUUUAUGCAAUGGAUGUAAUGUUCCAGCUUAACUACUGGGCUGAAAUCUAUUUCUGGUUACAGUAAAUUCAGCCACCAGGAAGGUUUUUGAUCUGGAGUGGGAGGUGAAAGGAGGGCCAGAGCUGUGCAACCAAGCUGAUCAAAAUAAAGCCCUGAGUUGGAAACUGGUUUUAGCAAAUCAGGACACAAGUCGCCUUCGGCUGAUGCUCACAUAUUUGACACUUGUCAAAAGUCUCUUACAUCCUGACCACUUUGCCAUGCUAAAAAUGCUCAAUUAUAAAGUUAAAUACAUACGUUUUAAUGUCAAUUCAAAUGUAAAAGAAAAAAAACACCAAUUACUUUUUAUGUUGCAAAAGUACUCCUUUUGUUUGUUGCCAAUAGCAACCAAAUAACACAACGUUACAGCUAGAUUUUUUCCCCCUGUCAUACCAGCUACAAACAAUAAAAUAAAACAUAGUGGAGUUAUGUUGAUGUAUUGUUCAACAAUUAAAAAUGUUGAACGUUUUUGUCAAUAUGUAACUAAUGCCAAAUAACUAAUUGCCUACAUUAGCUGCUCGGUGCUAACGACCUAGCGGCUAUUGUUGCCAAACCCUGCUGCCUACGGUGAUAUUAUGGGCUAAAAACUAGACUUAAGAGGAACAGAGUGAGAUAAAUGUGAAAUAUUUAAGGAGAAAUUUUGCUUUAGAAAUAUAUAAUAUCGGUUUUGGACAUUUUUCUGCUAGUAAUGUUGGCAGGCUAAUGCUAGCAACCGCUGUCUUUAUAUUUUAAUGGCAGCUAUCAUUCAUCGAUGUUGGACCACUGCCAAUGCUAGCAACCUGCCUACCGACAAAUGUACUGUGCAUAAGAGAAAAAAAUCUGAAGAUUUUAUAUUUAUUUUAGUUUAAAAAUAUAUUUCACUGUGUUAUGUAGUAGUUUCUAAGAAUUUUUAAGCUAGUUGAUCAUAUUAGUGUUGUAUUGACUGCUAAACACUAUAGCCUAGCUGCUAAUGCAAAUAACUACAGUUAAUGUAUUAGUCGGACCCUUGGUAGAUUUAGACUUAAAAUUAUUUUAUUUCAAGUAUUUUUCUGAUAGAAAAUGAAACAAAAUGACAAAUUGUGAUAGGACUAGUUGUGGCUGCUUUGAGAUGAAAGCACUAAAAGUCUAAACAAUGGGGCGUGUUUCAGAAAUAAUUUGUAAUUACCCCAUGUAAAUAUUGAAAAGGGAUUUUAGACAACACCUUUAACAAAAGAAAAUAAAUAUAUCAUCAUAUGUUUAAUAAAUUAGAAGUUUUAGAUAUCAUUCUUCCACUGGCUUCUUCCAUUUAAAAGAUAAAUAUGUUUAUAAAAUACAAAACAUACUACAUGAUUUUUAAUAAAAACAUUACCUGAUCGAAUGCCGUUAAAAUACCAGGUUUUUCCACCUUUGUGCAUUUGAGUUUGUUCACGCUGUUUGUGUAAAAUAAACGGGCAUUUAUGAUA